UUACGCACUAGCGGCUAACCGCGGGGGCGGCUAACCGCGCGGCUAGCCGCUUUUCCAGUUUAAUAUGCAACCGCUUAUGAUCGUACGCACUAAACCGCCACAAAAUUUCAACCGCGGCGGUUGAAUGGAGGGCCGCGGCCCGCUUCGCGGCUAGCCGCCAUCUUGUGUAUACGCACUGGCGGUUAGUUUGCGGCGAGCCGCCGGUGAAGUAUGCACGUGUUUUGAGUUGCGCAGCCAUGAACUUCGACACAGAGAAAUUCAUUGUUGAAAUUCAACAACGAGAAGCUAUUUGGAAUUGUGAAGGAGCAGUUUAUAAGAAUAGAGAUUUAAAACGGAAACAGUGGGAAGAAUUAGUAGAUAUUUUUGGAAAAGAAGAGAUGACAACAGAGGCAAAAAAAAGUCUUGGAAAAGAAUUACAAAAGAAAUGGAAGAACAUUAGGGAUAAUUUCGUGAAAGCUCUAAAGGACAAUGUUACCAGGAGUGGGUCAGCGGCUAAGAAAAAGACUCAAUACAUAUUUUACAAUAAUUUAAUGUUUUUGAAGGACACAGUAUCUAUCAAUGAAACUGAUUCAAGCAUGCAAAGGCAAGAAAAUGAAAGAAAUGAAACAGAAAACGUAGCUGACCCAGUCGUAGUACCACCGCCAAAACGAAAAAAAAAGAAAAAUAAAGAAGAUGAUAUAGGAGUUGAAUUGAUUAACGUCUUAAAUAAGAAUGUAGAGUUGAAAAAGGCGGAAGAAGAUGAAGAUAGACUUUUCUUUUUGUCGUUGGUUAGUGAAAUAAAAAAAGUGCCUGAACAUAUACGCCUACGUACAAAAUCUCAAAUAAUGCAAGUCAUUACUGAAGCCCAAACGUCUGGAUACAACUAG